CGGGGCCACGCGGGGAAAGGCGGGCGAGGCGGGACCGGCAGUUGCUGGCGGGGCCGGGCGGGAUCGGGAUCGGGAUCGGGAUCGGGAUCGGGAUCGGGAUCGGGAUCGGGAUCGGGAUCGGGAUCGGGAUCGGGAUCGGGAUCGGGAUCGCACUCCUAGCGCGGUGCGUGGUUCGGCCGCAGCGUAGCGGGCCCGCGGGUUCCGCACGGAAGGGUCCGGCUGCGGCCGGAGCGCUGUGCUUUACUCACGGUGCCGCCCCGAUUCAGCCCGAGGUGUGUUACGGGCACUGACUCAGUUACUCCAGGACGAGAGGUUUGCUUAAUGUUUCCAGCUCUGCUGGUUUUGCAACCGAGAGGGGCCAGAGUUUGUUGUUUUUAAACUUAGAUUUGGAUAUUACAUAACUCGGGGCUGGAGCGCUGAGCACGUGCCCGGGCCUUAAUUCCUUUUGCCCAAGGAUAUGUCAGCCUUGUUGGCAAAGUUGUGGGUGAGGAGUCCAGAAGACGACUGCUCCCUGUAACCAGACAUUGUUUUAUGGUAUACACCUCCUAAUGUCUUGUUUGUCUAUGCCAAAGGGGCAGAUUUUGCCUUCUAGAGAUACAGGUAAAGCCUACACAUUUUUAAAUAAAACUGAAAGUUAAGCCCUUCGCUUGUGGGCAAAAAGUAACAAUUAUUACCUUACUGUUAUAACUUACUGCAGUAAUAAGUGCACAUGUUAAUGCUCCACCCUCUGUCAAACAUGGCUUGUGGCUCUAGUUUAAUCUGUUGUUAAAACUCAGGAGUGCCCACAGCCACUUGUGAAUUGAAGCAGUGGAGAAACUUUUUUUAGUGAUCUGGUCUGGAUCAUGAACUGUCCUUCAGCUGAGCUGCUUUUAGAACAGUUUUUAUCCUAAAUACAGUAGAUCAAAAUUCAUCUUUAGGGAUGCCUGUCUCAGCAUAGGCUACUGACAGAGUAGGGUAUGCUAUACACAAACUCAACCACAACUUUUUGCUGAACCUUGUGAAAAAGUGUUCCAUGAAGUCAGGGCAGUAAAGAUAGUAGAGCAGGGCCAGUACACUUGAAAGUUGUAAUGUCCCCAGGACAGGUUGUAGAUGUUAGCUGAUAGAGAUGUUCAUCUUUAUGAGAAUAUAUUUUUAUAUUGUUUCCUUGUAUUAAACUUUUAAUAGACUGUUAGAAACCAAAAACUUUUUAUAAGAUACUAUAAUUGCACCAUGUCAGAGGAGCUUACCCCACAUCCAGCAAGGGGGCUUCUUGUGAUUUUUCAAGCAGCUUUGGCUUAGAUUUUAAACCCCUCAGGUCUGUACCGAGAAGAUGUGGUUUGUGAUUACAACCAUCUGUCUGUCAGCUCAGUGCAUUCCCUCAGCCUGUGCUGAUAGCCUGCCUAGUGGGGAAAUACCACACCUUUGUUUAAGUCACAGGGAGCCAAGGCCACGCUGAGGCUGCAGUGGUGAAUGCCACUGCCCUGGUUCCCUGCCCACCUUCUUUUUAGACCUUUUGUGCCAUGCCUUUUGUGGCAGGUGACUGCAGAAAUGCAUCUGUGCUGAAGUUACAAGUUUACAGACCAGAACCUGAGAGUAAAAUGAAAUUUACAGCACUCUGCAUGGGGCUGUCAGGCUCAGCUGAUGGACAUAACCUGAGUGCUCUGAAUUAUAUAUGUAUAACUUCAUUUUCUUGCAAGAUUCACUGCCCAUAACAUCUGCUUUGUAUUUCAUCAAGUCUUGCUGAGAACGUGAAUGACUGUAAUCUCAUUAGGACUUCUACGUACAUUUCCCAUUCCUUUUUCUUCUCUAUUUAUUUCUCCAGUUCUCUUUUUUGCUUUGCUGAACCUGUCUCAUCCUUCCCUACCACUGGCACUUUGUCAAGUGUUUUCCUAUUUCUGACUAAACAGUGCUUUCUUUAAAGCCUUGCUCAUUUCCAACUGCCCAUUUCUCCUGGUUAGGUCCCUCUCCAUCUCCACCCUGGCAAUUCCAAUUCCAGCAGGCCCCAGCUGGCAGGGCUCUCUGUGAUUCCCAGUUGUCCCAUGUUAAUUAAACUGUUUGAUUAAACCUUUGGUGUCCCACAUCCAAGAGCAGGAAAACCAUGUGGUUGUAGGCUGGCUAAGCAGCCUGGUUUGAGAACUGAGACUGGCCCAACUAACAGAGUAAUUCUUUAUGCAUCUAGACCUCAAGGACUGAGAAAUUUGAGAGUAUGGUUGUUGUGAUUAUUUUUUGUCUCACCAGGCCCCAUCAUGCCACAGGUAAUUUUAAAGAAUUCCUCUGGGCCGUGACUUGGGUUUUGGUCUUGCUUUUCACUCCCCACUCAAAGACUGUGGUUAAUCAAAGAAAAGCACACACAUACCUUCUUGGGUGGUAAUUCUCCCUAUAUGUCACAUUUGCUGCUGAGAAAUAAAAAAACCCAUCACUGCCAUUUUUUAAUCCUGUAAUUGCUAUGUUUACUCAUGGUGUUGACUGAAAUUCCCCUGAAUUUUACUUGCAUGGGGGCCUUCUGAUCCUGGGUCUAGUUCUGCUGUUCUAUCAGACUUGCAGUUUAUGCCAGGCCCUGCCCUUGCUGUCUGUUCAUAUGGGCUUUGUCCCAUACCUAUCUUCAUUACCUCCUUCUUUUUCUCAGUCAUCCUCUCCAUUUCCUCAUUACUUCCCUGUUGAUUUUUCUAAAUUCUCUUCUAAAUAAAAAAAAAAAAGAGAGAGAAACAACAUAUCAUCCACUGCCUUAAAACUUGGUGUAAUUUCUGUUUCCCACAUCCUAUGCCUGUCUUGUCUAAGUCAGGUCACAGACUGCCUACUCUACACCAAACACCACAUUAUAGGAAACUUCUGUCUGAGUUAGUCUUUAUGCACAGGAUAAGUAAAUACAUUUUAUUAUUAACAAUAAUAACAACUAUGCAAAUAAUCCCAUAUAUUUUAAUGAUGGGACUGUAUGUAAUGGCUCAAAAUAAGUAUGGCAAAAAGAAUUCCUUUUGCUACAUGGAGUUAAGAGGAAUAGAUGUCUUUAAGUAGGAAUUGACAAUAUAUGUUUAAAAAAGCCUUAUUUAACCAAUUGUCUCUUUUAAUUUCUUAGAUAAAAGAUUUUUAUUGGUUUAUUAAUACAUUCAUUUCUUCAUUGUGGUAGGAUGACAGUGACUACUUAUCUCUGAGCUUGGUGGCCUUAGGGAUAAUCCAAGCAAGCAUUAUGUUAAACAUUGUGUAGAACAAUGAAGCAGCAAACACACACAAGUGGUUUUGCUCUAAAGUUUGGGUGAAAGCCUGAUAUCUAUAUGCAGUAUUUAUACAGAAUAUUGUCAGCCCCAACCUCUACAGGUGCUCAACAGGAGCUCAUCCUGAGCCACAAGGUGGGAUAAAGCAGGAAGGUGUUUAUCUGAAAGGGCAGUAGUGGCAUCCAGUUGUAGGGCUGCAGGAAACAGGAGAUGUCUUUACAGAGUGAAACAAAAGGUACAUUGGGGUCUUGAGCUGUGAGCUUGGAGGGAAGGGAGCAAAGUCAAGGCCAGUGCUCACCAAUGCUCCUGAAGAAAAAGGAAAGAAACACAAGAAAGAAGGGACUGACAAACCAUGCUGAAACAGUGACUGGAGAACCGAAAAGUGAGAAAAACUACAGAAACUGAGACACGAGCUGGAUAUGCUAAAUGUGACUGAAGGGCAAACAAGAGAUUGGUUUAAGAUGGAUUGAGAAGCUUUCAGAUAAGAGGAAGCAAAACCAAGUUUGAUGGGGAUUUAGGGUAGAACCCAACAAGAGACAAAGAGAUGUGACUGGAAGAACCUGUCAGGUGACAAGAGGCACUUAUACCAAAGGCACUUUUUUUCCUUCUUUUUUUUUUUUUUUUUAAUGAUAAAAGAGACAAGCAUAUCUCUGUGGGUGCUAGGAAUCAGAGCAGACUGAAUAACUAAAGCUGUGAAGAAAUGAAGGAGUGAGUGUUGGGAAGAUCAGGAAAUGAAAUGGGGUGAAGUUAUCAGGGCAAGUGAUGGAGUUACAGAAGACAUGUUGCUAAGCUUUUUUUACUACCACUUAGAGACUUGUAGACAGAGGAAGCAUGAAGAGAAUAUUUUAUCACUUUUAUCUUUACAGAAAAUGGUGAGAUAACAAGUAGAGGAAAACAGGCAGGAAAGCCUAACAAGGGUUAAGCAGCAGCAAUGAAAAGCUCCCUGGGAUUACAAGCAUGAAGAUGAGCUGCAGAAGGAGAAUUGUUUAGUUGUAAGAAGGCAGAAAUGGAAGAGAGCAGGCAUGUGGGAGAGGAAGUUGCCUUGAUCACAGGAUUUCCGUCACCCUGCACUGCAAGAGCAUGCAUGGGUAGAGCAAGCAGUGAAGUGUCACCUCAAGGGUCUGAGAGCAAUGUCCUGUUUUGGCUCAGCUCAGCGGUGAGCCCCAGGUGUUCCAGCACCUCGGAUGGCAGAGUUCUGUGAGCACACGGUGAGGAGAGGGGGCGAGGCGCAGGGAGAGAGAGGAGCAGGGCGGCGGAGGCAGCGCCGCAGUUAUCGGGGCCGUUCCCCACCCACGCCCCGAUAGCGCGGGGCCAGCUGGCCCGGCUCCACCGGGAGCGCUGGUAAACAAGCACGGGAGGUGACACCGGGGCACCCCGCGCCUCGGUGCCCGGCCACUACGGGUCAUGGUGGGUGGACAGUGGAUACUGCACAGGCAAUUCCUGCCAGCGGACUGCCCCAGAGAGCCGGGGAAAUAGGGAGCAAAUCACUGGCACCACGGCGCGGUAAAAUCUGGAUAAAAUCCCCAGAGAAUGCGGCUCCCCAGCUCUGCUUAAUGCCCAGCUCACGAUGGUUUAAUGCCCAGAACAGUGAAGGUUUCCUGUUCGUAUCACCUUUUUCUCUUAAGCGUGAAGUGGCACGGGGAGCCGCUGUAAUUGGCUGGCAGUGCCGAGAGCCACCAUUAGAGAGCUGUGGCUCGGGGCAGCGCUCCGGGAGCUCCCGCCUGCCGCCGCUGCUGAGCCGCGUCCGCAGGAACCCUCCCCACAAACGCCGAGAAACGACCUGGAACGGCUGCUGGCUUUUCCUUUGCUUUUUCCCCGCCAAUAAAUCGCGCUACGUCGCUUCACGACCGUUUGCUGUGAGCGCGUGGCUCCCUCAGCAAUUCUGAGCGUGAGGUGAAACCGACAUAAAGCUUUUAUUGUCAGGGAGGAAUGAGGGUUUUGAGAUGAGCCCCGGAGAUCACGGCACUCCGCCCUUUACUCCCGCACCACACGCGGAGCCCAUCCCGGGGCAGCCACGAUCUCCCGUUGUGUGCGCGGAGCCUGCGGCGAUCCCGGUCCCAGAGGCGCGCUCCGCCUCCGCCGCCAUCACCGCGCCGCUCCCGGCCGCCAUCUUCGUCCCGCCCCGCCGAGGCCCGCGGGCGCCAUCUUGUGCCCGGGGCCGGCCCCGCCAUCGCCCGGCAACGGCGGCGGGUCCGGCGGAGUCCCGGAGGCCGGGAUAGCAAAGCCGGGCCGGGCCCCAAGGCAGUACGAAAGGGGCAAGUGAAUUCUAAUUUAGAAGCCAGGAUGGAAGUCUUAAUGCCUGAACCUCAGAUUUAUGUGGAAAGAACUCUGGCUAUCAUCAAACCAGAUAUCAUUGGUAAAGAAGAAGAAAUAGAGGAUCUCAUUCUCCGAUCAGGAUUCCACAUCCUUCAGAAACGGAAGCUCCAGUUAAGCCCAGAGCAAUGUAGCAACUUCUAUGCAGACCAAUUUGGAAAAAUGUUUUUUCCUAAUUUAACAGCCUAUAUGAGUUCUGGUCCUAUAGUUGCUAUGGUUCUUGCUAGAAAUUGUGCAGUCUCAUACUGGAAGGAAUUGCUUGGACCAUCCAACAGCCUAAGAGCUAGGAUAACUCACCCUCACAGCUUAAGAGCACUCUAUGGGACUGAUGAGCUGAGGAAUGGGCUCCACGGCAGUCUCAGCAUCUCCUCAGCAGAGAAGGAAAUUCGGUUCAUAUUUCCAGAAGCAAUCUUGGAGCCAGUUCCCACUGGACAGAGGGCUCGGGAUUACCUGAACCUGUAUGUGAAGCCCACGCUGUUGGCAGGGCUCACUGCCCUGUGCAAAGAGAAGCCAGCAGACCCCAUGAUUUGGCUUGCUGACUGGUUGAUUGAACACAAUCCUAAUAAACCUAAGCUACAAUAUCGUAUCUCUCAGUAAGAGCAUCAGCAGUGAGAGCUUGGUGGAAACCAUCUCACACAUUCCAAGUUACAGAUGUGUAUUGUCAUUUUUGGUCCUUUGACUGUAUAACCAACACUAUCUAAAGUAAAUGCAUUUGUCAUAACUUCUUAUGUCCUCAUGGGAUAAAUAACCCUGCACUUAACCAGGAUGUAGUGGUUCUAAUACCUUCCCUGCUGACAAAGUGACUGUAGAAUUAUACAAUAAAUUUAUGGCAUUGGGUGAUUAGGAAAAGACAAUGUUCUCAGUGGGUGUGACUUACUGCUAUUGUCCACGUUUUCUUAGUUUGGCUAUGUGGAUUACAGCAGUGUGGAUUUACAGCAGUGUGGAUUUACAGCAGUGUGGAUUCCCAAAUGAAAUCCACCUGGCCUGUGCUUUGCGAAGCCAAGGGUUGUGUUUCAGUGAUUUUUUUAGCAUAAAUUCAGUUAUAAAGGGAGGUACUUGGAUAUAAUAUAGAAAACAAUUACUGGAGGCAUGUUAGCAACUUCGGAAUAUUAACUGCUCAUUACAUCACCCAGCUAAGGUUGUCCUUGAAGAUGAUUCACUUGAGUCUGAUGUAUUUUGUCAGGAUGUAAUCUGAAGGAUUUAUUUGAAGGUACAUUCAAUGCACCUUUCCCAUCUUAAUGGCAAAAGGCUCAGGGACUAUAUAUAACAAGAAGAUGUAUUUUAGUCAAGGACUAAGGUUGUCUUCCAACAUAUGUUUGCAAUAAAGGUGCUUAAUUGGAACAGCUCACCUUAAGAGUGUUUUCUGUGUUCUCCUGCUCCCAAAUGUACACAAAUUUCUGUUUUCCUCAAACUUCCAUGUGUUCCGUUGAAGAAUUUCACAAGAGUGCUCUUCCACAGGCAAUGGGUUAAUCCCAUGCUAUUGCCUUUUAUGAAGUAACUAAACUGUUUUUUGGGGAUGUGGGGCUUUUUAAUUUUCUUCAAAAAGCUGUACUUAUGCAGUUAACUUCAAGCUUUGUAUCUUAUGGUUUGACUGGCUACAAUGAAGAAAGUGUAAUUUUCAUAACUCUGAAAUAAGAGUAUGCUUGACUAAUACUAAACAAACAAGCACUUUCAUAAUUUGUUUCAUGAAAAAACUUGCUUCCCCAAUUUGAGUAAUUAUGAGAAACAUAAGUCAUUUUUCUGUAACAUCAAACUUUGUUGAAGUGAAUUGUUUAUCCUCUCGGUGGAACAAGCCAUUGCUGCCAGCCCAGAUAAUAAACGUUUAGAAACUGGUCCCUACAGUACCAAAACCUAAAAAUCUUGGGACUGCCAAGAUAAGGAAAAAAAAGAAAGCUCAAACCCUCAAAUAAUGAAGAAUAAAGGUAUGAGGUGGUUAGAAAUACACUAAACAGAUCCAUUUUCAACCAGUUGAUUUUGCCUGUAAUUAUUGUCACCAUAUGUGUCUGAUUGCUCCAGUUACAGGACGGUUGUGCUUUGUGGUUUCCUGUCAGCCAAAUAAAAAAGUACAUUUUCUAAAGAUGCCAGAAACUAAAAUCUGGUGAAUUCACAAGGCAUUCCCCUGUAUUUUUUUAGUUACUAUGACAUUUGCCUGCUCAUUUUGAUGUGCUACUGUUUGACAAUAAAUACAUCCUUAAUGUUC